CGCAGCUCCCCUCCCCCUCCAGCCACAAGAGUGUCAGCAGGUGGGCGGAGCUUAAGUUACUACUGAUUGACAGCUCAGGCCCUCCAGGAGAGCCAAUCAGAGCGGUGGGUGGGACCAUAGAGGAGUCGGGGGAGAAGUUGUCAUUGCUGGUGAGAUCUCUGGAGUGAGCCCCUCGAUAGGCAGCUUUAAUAAGAUGGACAAGAAAUUGCUGUUGGUGGAUGUGGACUGUGGAGUAGAUGAUGCUCAAGCACUUAUGUUAGCGUUGGCAGCUCCUCAUGUUGAGAUCCUGGGAAUCACCUGCUGCCAUGGAAACUCUAAUUUAGAAAAUGUUUGUAAAAAUGUUCUCCGCGUCUUAAAAACCUGCAACAGACUCCAGAUUCCUGUGUAUAGCGGAGCAAGUAGACCACUACUGGGGAAAUCACUCCAUGCCAGCAAUUACCAUGGAAUCGAUGGAUUGGGUGAUGUACCAGAUUCUUCAUCCCCUGAUCUUGACCUUCUACAUAAAGAACAUGCUGUUCUCGCAAUGAUAAGAACAAUAAACGAAUACCCUGGAAAGGUUACCCUUGUUGCAACCGGUCCAUUGACGAACCUUGCUUUAGCUGCCAACAUGGAUCCCACAUUUCCACAGAAAAUUAAAAGUCUUUUUAUCAUGGGCGGUAAUAUGGAGUCAAGAGGUAAUGUGACAGUAUGUGGCGAAUUCAAUUUUGCCUGCGAUCCAGAAGCAGCUUACAUUGUCCUAAACAGCUUUAAUUGUCCAACUCAUAUUGCAACGUGGGAGUUUACUUGUAGGAAUGACCUUCCUUGGGAAUUUUACCAUGCGUGGCUCUCUCAGAAUACGGAAAAGGCAGAAUUCAUGAGAAAGAUAUCAGCUCACUCAGCAAAAUUCACACAAAGCUGUGCUAAGGAAAAAGAGGAAUGGACUAAAGGAUUUGUAUCUUGUGACUCCUACGCCAUGGCCGCAGCCAUAGAUGAUACAUUUGUCACUGAUAUUAUUAAUUGUGUAGUAGGGGUUGAACUUGGUGGCACGUUGACUCGAGGAAUGAUGGUGUUGGAUACAUUAGGCUUGCUGGAGAGAAAACAUAAAGUCUCUGUUAUGAGGAAAUGUGACACAGAAAAAUUGAAAUUACUCUUGAUGGAGUCACUACGAUAAUGUUAUGUGACGUAGGCGGUUGCAGACAGUCAAUGAAGCCCCGCCCCCUGCACGCAGUUCUCUGAAUUCGGCAGAGGAUCUUCUGGGGGACAUAUCUCAGGACCUAAUGGACAUGUUUAACCCCUUAAGGACCAAGCGUUUUUCCAUUUUGCACUUUCGUUUUUUCCUCCUUGCCUUUUAAAAAUCAUAACCCUUUAAAUUUUGCACCUAAAAAUCCAUAUGAUGGCUUAUUUUUUGAGCCACCAAUUCUAGUUUGUAAUGACAGAAGUCAUUUUAACCAAAAAUCUACGGCGAAACAAAAAAAAAAAAUCAUUGUUCGAAAAAAUGGAAGAAAAAACACCAUUUUGUAAUUUUUGGGUGCUCCCGUUCUAUGCAGUACAUUUUUCGGUAAAAAUGACACCUUAUCUUUAUUCUGUAGGUUCAUACGAUUAAAAUGAUACCCUACUUAUAUAGGUUUGAUUUUGUCGUACUUCUGGAAAAAAUCAUAACUACAUGAAUGAAAACUAAUACGUUUAAAAUUGUCAUUUUCUGACCCCUUUAACUUUUAAUUUUUCGGCGUACGGGACAGUAUGGGGCUAAUUUUUUGCGCCGUGAUCUGAAGUUUUUAGCGGUACCAUUUUUGUAUUGAUCUGACUUUUUGAUCGCUUUUUAUUCAUUUUUUCAUGAAUGAAGUGAUCAAAAAUACGCAAUUUUUUACUUUAGAAUUUUUUUUCACAUACGCCAUUGACCAUGAGGUUUAAUUAAUUAUAUAUUUUUAUAGUUCGGACAUUUAUGCACGCAGAGAUACCAUAUGUUUAUUUUUAUUAUGGUUACAUAUUUUUUAUAUGGAAUUUGGGAAAAGGGGGUGAUUUAAACUUUUAAUAUGGAAGGGGUUAAUGGGUGUUUUUUAAACUCUUUAUACAACUUAAUUUUUUUUACGCUCUUAGGCGACUUUUAGGAGGAAUCAUUAGAUUCCUCAUACAGAUCAAUGUGGUUUCAUAGAACCACAUUGAUCUGUGCGCUCUGCGCUCUAUUGAUAAAGCCUGGUCCUACCAGGCUUUAUCAUUCUCAGCGCAGCAGCCAGCAUAGGACAAGAGGUAUGCCCUCUGGCUAAGUGAUCGCGCUUGGGGGGGGGGCAUCCACCCACUGGACCACCAACCCACUGGACCAGGGAUGGUUUAAAUGUCCCUUUAGACGCCGCUGUCUAAAGGGUUAAUAGCCGGCCAUGGCAAUUGCCGCAUGUCUGCUAUUAACUCUGGCCCCCAGCUACAGGAAUCGAGUCGGGAGCCCGCGCCAUACAAGGGUUGCCGUCUCAAGGUGAGCCAGCUCUCCAUUUUACUUUGAAAACCCAAAAAAGGGGGGUGGUCGUUGGGAAACAGAGGCAGGGUCACCCAAAAUGGGGCGUGUUCCCGACAUUUUCACAAAAACCCAACAUAUUUACUAAGGUUUCCACAUAAAAUGUUGUGGAUUUGAGCUGAAGAGAACCCUACAGAUCAGAGCAUGUGUAAAAUAAAAAAAUGUAGAGAGCGUGGAAAAUGUAGGAAAACCUUAGUAAAUUCCGUGGAAAAAAAUUUGUAGGGAAUUAGAACCCACAAAGAAACCUACACUCCACUCUUAAUAAAUUAGGGCCAGUGUAUUGGGUUUAGUGCAGGUGAACAGGCUGACAGUUUUCCGUUAAGAAGUGGUAUACUCCUAUAUCAGACUAGCUAGACUGUUAUUUCCAGCAUUAAAAUGCAAAACAUUUGAUAUUUUGGGGAGUUUUUAUAUGACAUUUUUUAUAUAGAAUAUCAUCCUGGUUUGUAAUUCCUAUGAUGUUGUUAUAUAGUGGAAAUUUGAACUCUGUCUGUAAAGACUAAAUAUGUAUUUUAUUUGUGUCAUUGUAUAUUUUGCUUUUAUAUGUGGCAAAGUAACACUAAUCAGAAUUUUUAUUAUUAGGAUUUUUAACUGUAUCCAGUGAACUGAUGUUUUAGGUCUCUUUUUUGUGUCCUUGCUUUUAUCUUCCUAGGUAUGUCUCUAGAUGCUUCGUAGCAACAUACAAGCAGUUUGUCAAUUUAAUCUAUAAAGAGCUGCAGUGAGGUUUUUAUCUAUCACUUACACGGACAGCAAAUAGGGAAGUGUUUAUGUUAUUAGUUUCCAGAUGAUCCUUAACACGUUGCAGGUCAUUAUAACAUUUUAUUCAGUUUCGGCAACACUUUGUUGUUGAUGGCAUUGAAGGAGUUGAAACUCUUUUUAUAUUAGAAGGGUCCACUGUAGAUAAGCCGCUCACAGUCUUUCUUUCCACCCCCAGUGGUGCACUGGAAGCAGUAAGGAUUUCUGCAUUAAGUGUUCCAUUUCCCUGCUGAACCAGUACGACUGGAAUACAAUAUUACACAAUUCCCUUUGAAAUUCAUGGAUGUGCUGAGUACUCUAGAGAAAGAGAAAUCCUCUUUAUAAUCCCUCUGUAUCUAAUAAAAUACAAGCAAUGUGAAGUGGUGUCCCGCUCACUCCCCCAAGCCCUGCAGGGCUUCGGACUGGCGUGGGCAGCGCCUGGAUGUGUAGAUAGAAGAACAAGCAGAUGU